AUGUUUGCAGACGAUCAGAAUGCCAGUAACUACUACCCAACCAAGUUGGGCAUAGAUAGACCCGCCGUUGAUUUCAAUGCAUCAAUUUGUAAUUUCCUUAGAAGCGACAUAUACAAGAGAAAGUUCGAGCGCAAGCUGUACCCAAAUCAUCCAAUUUUUUCUAGAAGAGUUAGACCCCUCUUCUGCUACAGUAACAUGAUAGAUAGGCACGAUGGUGUGCUGUCCCAUUUGGCAUACUCGUGCUUAAACAAAAGCAAAGGAAUGAUUGUAAGUUUAAAAUGGUUUAAUGAUGGGAAGAGAUUACUAACAGGAACGCAACUGAGUGAACUAGCCAUUUGGAAUGGACUCUAUUUCAAUUUUGAGGAUAUAAAAAGAAUACCCAUAGGAGGUGGGGCUGUGUCCUGUCUAGAGUGGUCCAAAAGUGAUAACCUGUUUGCAGGAAAUUCUUUAGGACAAAUAGUAAUUUUAUCAUCGGCCCUAAAUCUGUUGGAUAAUUAUGCAUUUGAAGGAUUAUCAAAAUGUGUUCUAGACAUUAGCCUAUCAUGUUGUAACACCAAAUUGGCUGGUUGUGCUGAUACAUGUAAUCCCAUAAUUUGGGACAUAAAAACAAGAAAAAUUAUAAAAGAUUUAAAAUGCAAAAAUGUAGAUACAAAUAAUAUUAGCUGCUUGUCAUGGAAUCCGGUUAACGAAAUUAUAGCUAGCGGAAAUAGAACCCAAACUAUUUCUUUCUGGGAUGUUAGAAUAACAAAACCGAUUAUAUCUCUCAAUGCACAUAAGGCUAAUGUGAAUAAAAUAAAAUGGAAUCAUGAUGGUACUUAUUUACUGAGCUGUAGUAGAGAUAGCUUAAUAAAACUGUGGGACAUUCGAAACUUUAAAUUGUUGUAUUCGUACAAAAGUGAUCAGAAUUUUGGCACAAGAUUCGGAUUAAACUAUGAACCUACUUAUGUAGCCUGGAAUCCUAUGCAGAAUCAUAUAUUCGCUAGCUCCGACAAUAGAGGUAAUAUUAAAUUUUACACCACGAAUGACAAUAAAUGCGUUCAAACGAUUUCUUCGGCACAUGGGAUUGAUAAACCCUCUUCCAUCACCUUGCUGGAUUGGAAUCCCCUUGGGCACAUCCUCACCUCCUUUGGGGAUGACAAACUGUUGAAGUUCUGGUCUGCUUCGAACUGUGAUUCCAUUAUUGCAAAAGAAAUAGAUGCAAGGCCUCUUGUCAGUAUCACCAACAGCGGAUCCUUCCCUAACUCCAAAUACAUCAAUGAAGACAAUGUGGUGGACGUCAGCAGUGAUCAAUCCAUUUCAGACUCGGAAGAAGAGGGCUACAAGUUUUGUAAAAUGAAUAACAACUAUUACAGGAAGGUUGCUCGCCCGAGGAAGAGGCGGAAGGGAAAAAAGCGACGCAUCCCUGGGGGGUAA